AUGGCAACCUCGAUGCUUUCCUCGGGCGGCAUUGCCCUUGUCGGGGCUCCGGAUAGCGACGCCGGACUUAAGGACGGCAAACAACCGCCUGUGCAGGCCAUGCAGGUGGACAUUACCCAAGACAUUGUCGACGAGCUCCUAGAAAGCGUCAGGAGCGGGAAAUCGCCGCAGAUCAUCUUUGGACGGACUCCUCAACUCAAGUACGGCGACAAGACGCACAUGCUGCAGAGCAGCACCGAACUCCACCGAUACGAACUGUACAAGUCCAGCGGGACUGGUAGCGACGACAGCCUCGAGUUUGCUGGUCUGAUCAACCAUAGCCUCCUGGUACACAAGGCCGAAGAUGUGACGGCAGGCGUAGACUCGGCGCUGGAGCAGCUCAGGAGUAACAUGGCAGCGAUAUCAGAGUUCAAGGAAGCCAACAAGACCAUUGUUGGCGACGCUGCUCCCGGCCGCACACCAGCCCAUCGUCGCUUCCCUUCGACGGGCUUCAAGGCACACCUCGGUCCUUCCAUGAUGGGCUCGCCCCUGCUCAGCGCUGCUUCCUCGCCCAUGCACAAGCGCGCACCCACGUCGCAGCCGAGCAACAGCCACGACACCAUUGUCAGCGCCCUGAGGGUCCCCAUCAUCCACCUCCUGGCUCGCGAGCCAGCCACCGAAGCUUCUCUCGCCGCCACCUGCCGUACCUCCUUGGCCAUCAUAAGGGAUGUCUUGCCCAAAAUAGCCAAACGCUCCACGGCCGAUGCCGACAAGUGGCAGCUGACAGACAAGUCGUUCCGCGAGGUGAACCCCUUCAAGUUCCCCUACCAGAGCCCUGAGGACCGCCAGCAAGCCAUUGAUGGCGCAAUCAAAUCUUUUGACCGCCAACGCCUGGCCAAGGACGACAAACUCUGGCAGAUUCUGCUCCCUCGAGACCAGCGAGGCCAGGGCAUAUGCCUGUCGCGCUCAACCGUCAAGGCCCCAGAAGCCAAGCCCAAGGCCAAAGCAAGCACUCCCAUGCACAAGAUCUCAGACCUUACCAAGAAGAAGCCCGUUGCAAAGAAGGUUGCUGAUAAGCCUGCGGUCGAGAAGAAGCCCAAGGUCGCAAAGGAGCCGGAGAUCAAGCCCAAGUCGUCCAUCAAGGAAAAGUACUUGGCUCGGGAGAAAGAGAAGGAGAAGGAGAAAGAGAAACAAAAGGCCGCGGUGAAUGUGAAAGAAGUGAAGGAGGCGCCCACGGCUACCGCUCCAACCACUUCUGCACCUUCGAGCUCAACACCUCGCCCUGUCGCACCUUCCAAGCCCAGCAUGCCUGGUACUGACGCUCCAGAAAUUCGCACCAAGAAAGUAUCUGCUCCUGAAGGCAACUCCAACCCACGUGCGAAGCCCAAGAUGUCUGGCCGCGAGUCACAGAGGGACCGUCCUACCAACAGGCCCUUCAAGCCUACCAUGCCAAUCAACACCAAACCGAAGAAUCCUUCACCGCUUUCCGCCUCACCGCCUGUAAAUGCCAGCGACUUUGAGGACUCACACCCAGUUCACAAAGCUCUUGCUGCCGCUCCAUCGCCCGCCAAAACCGCUGCUGGCAACUCGGAUAGCUCGCUCAAGCGCAAGGCCAACAACAUCGACAGUGAUAUCCACAAUCACCUCGCCGUAAAGAAGCAGCAUGUCGACCGUUCGACUGCAACCCACACACCCUCGCAUGCCAACAGCAAAGCCACUGGCUCUACGCCUUCCAGUACCAGCUCCGUGAAGCGCAAGUCUGACGAUUCAUCCUCGUCCAACACCCCCUCUACCGCGCCCAAGGUCCGCAAGGUUGCCAACAUCGACACCGGCCUUGCUUCGCGCUAUCAUCACAAUAACCCUCGCGCAUCUCCAGGCGCUUCAUCAACCUCGACUACCUCACCCUCGAUGCCCAGCUUGAGUUUCCGCCAAACUGUCGAGCUUUCGCAGAAGUUCCAGAAGUACUACAAGAGAUACGAAGAGCUGUACUGGAAGCUGACUGAAGCGGAGAAGCCGCCGACUGAAGCACAGAGGAACGACCUCCUAAAGAUGCAUAAGAAGCUUGAAGAGAUGAAGAAAGAAAUCAAGUCUGGUGCCGGCGUGCACCGAUGA